AUGGGCGCAGUGGUGCCGCGCCCCCUGCCCCUACAAGACACUUUCAGGAGCGGCAUCCUAGCCGACCAAGCUCCCGCGAAGUUGAAGCUGCUGUCCCUUGGGGACUGGGAUGCGACGGUGGACAUGGUCGCCAAGGCGAUGUCCGGCACUGAGACGUCGGCCGCCGAUCCCCUCUUCGAUUUUGCUCUCGGCCCCCUUCUUGCGGACAAGAGUGACCCAAGAAGGAUGGAAUUUCUGCGCUUCUUGGCUGCCGGCAUCCUGGAGGAGGAUUGGCGCUACUGCCCGUCGAGCUUAGGCAUCGUUGGCCUCUUUGAGGGUCGUCUGGGCGCCUGCUGCGUCGUUCGCCGCUAUGAGCGUGGGUACCGCAAGGAGCAGAGCAAUUGGCGGGAAAAGCUCCUGGAAUUUCUGAAGCCCUGUAUGCCCCUGUCACCGUGCAGCAGGACGGCUGUACCAGCAGAGGGCUUCGACGUGAUGGAUCAUCAAGGUUUUCUCCACCGCACCUAUGGCCCUGAUGGUGUCGACACGCAGCUGCAACUGCGAAGA